CAUGCGCAUCACAAUCAUCUUCAUCAUCGUCAUCGCCCCUAAAGAAAAGGUGUUAUAGACAGUAUGACAUAGAUGAUGGGCUCGCAGAACAAUUUAUUAGCCGACUGGCGCCCUCCCCCUUUCUUUGCACAUUACUUUGACGCAUUCUCGUUUGUUUGUUUUCACAGCGGGUAAGAAUUUGAUUUGAACAGAUUAUGAAGAAGAAGAAAAAAAAAUGCCAAACACCACUCUCACAAAAGAAAAAAAAAUCACACAAAUUUUGGAAUCGCCAAAUGAACUGUGAAGAAGAUAUCAAAACACUGAGGCAUCACACCAAACGGUACGUACGGCUGAAUCAUGUGCUGUGUGGCGGGCCUUCUCUGGGCGUUUGAAAUGAGAAUGAAAUGCUGUUUGAUUUCGUUGAUUUUUUUAGCUUCUGGUAUGGGUGGAAAGGAAAAUGAUUGCGCUCGCCAGUAGUUGUUGGGGCGAAAGCAUAGCGAACGUAUCGGAUCUUCGUCUCCAAAAAAUCGAAUAUAUUUUUUGUUUUGGUUCGAAUGUAAUACGACGACGACAACGAGUUGUUAAUGCGUAAUGAUAGACGUUGGGAGAUUUUUAAAAUAUUCAAUUUUCUUAUUGGUGCUUCUGCUGGCCAAUGGUUUCCAAAUCGCCUGGAGCAAUGAUGAAACCUGCUGGAUAAAUGAGGAUGUGUGCAAAGUUCGAGCAGAAUUAUAUCAAAAUUUUGAAUUUGCCAAUGGCCUUGCCAUGCAAAUCGAUUGCCUGGAAAAACAAAGUGAAAAUUUGGAAAAUGAUUUGUUGGUUGUGGAUGUAGACGAAGGCGGCGCACAAAAACAACAACAACAACCGCAACAGCCAUCAACAGCAUCAGAAUUUUCCACAUUAUGGCAUCGCCGUUUCAUGGGCAUCCAAUCUGUAAUGCUGGACGGUUGCCAAACGCCAUUGAAUACACCAACUUAUGGUUUGGAAUUUCUACCGAUCUGUGCAAAUGUCACGAAAGUGGGUCUGCAAAAUUUUCACAUCGAUUCGUUGGCUCCGUUGCAAUGUGCUGGCCAACUGGAUCAGCUGGAGUAUUUGGUAUUACAGCACAAUGAAAUAGCCAGCAUUGAUGAUGAUUCCUUUGGCGGCCAUUAUCCCCAGCUGCGUGUCCUUGAGCUGCAGGGCAAUUCUCUGAAAAAGAUACAAAAUAAAUCUCUGCAGACAUUGAGGGCAUUGGAACACCUGAAAAUUUCUAAAGAAUCUGUGUUGAUGUUGAAAACGCCAGAUCUAUUUGAAUCGACCGCAGCCAUAAGCAUUUAUUUGGUGGAACUCAAACAAAUGACGUCAGAGAUUUUCCGCCACUUGCCCGAAACGCUGCAAACACUUUAUGUGGCGGAUACAGCCAUCGAUAAUGGUGGAGGUGGUGUGGCUGUCAAAUUGAUCAAUGCCCAUGCUCUUGGCAAUCUAACAAUAGCCCGCUGUGCCUUGGAAGCGUUUACACUGAUCGAUAAGCACUCAAGCGUGGCGGUGAUUAAUUUGCAGGGCAAUGCAUUGAAAGAAUUUCACGCCUAUGAAAAUCAAUUGAAAGAAUUGGAUUUGGGGGGAAAUUCAUUGGAUUAUUUUCCCCAUGAAUGGCUAAAAAAUUUGACUGCCCUAGAGCGGUUGUCGUUAAGGUCAAAUCGUUUACAUAUUUUAUCGCUUUUUGAGCUUAUGGACCGGCUACCGAAUGGCCACUAUGUCGAUUUGCGUGACAAUCGUUUGCAAACACUGCAGGAAGUUGACAAGGAGUUUCCCAGCUGGCAGACACUGCAAAUGCGUUUGAAAGCCGAUCACAAUCCCUGGGAUUGUUUGUGGUUACAUGACUUUGCCCAUGCCUAUCCGGAAAAGUUUCGCCUACUGCAAUAUGAUAAAUUUAUUUCAAGGAUAAAUGUCAAUGGACUGGAAUGUAUACCAUCUGAAAAUCCGCCAGCGCCACCAAUUGAAACAAAAAAACACCAAACUUUAGAAGAGUCUCCGCCAACGGCUGCUCCCCAAAUUCCCCCCAUGAAUGUACUAUACACUGCCGGUCCAAAUGGUGACCAAUGGGAGUUUAAACGCAACCAAAGAGCCGAGGCUCUCAUCAUUGUUUUUAUGUUGCCCCUGGGCAUAGCAUUCCUCUUCCUUUUACUCUACAUGUGGAUCUAUUGCCAGAAAAUGUUCCACCUUUCGUAUUAUAAGAACUUCUCCUGUGUACGCAAUCAAGUUCCGAUUGCCUCACAGCGUUUUGAUGUUGUACGCCAAUUACCACCACUUCCGAGCAGCGAACUAAAUGGUGGUAUACCCACAACGGUCGUAAAUGAACCCGGUGGCUAUGAGGUGCCCCUACAUGGCAUGUGUUCGGAAUGUAAUUGCAAAUCGUUGGCCUAUGAAAAUCAGGAUAAAUGCCAUAAAACUGUGCACAUAACAUAUGGCGAUACUUCACCCCAAGAGCUGCCUCAUCAAAUCUACGAAGAGAUUAUCAAUGUAAGCGAUAAUGAACAACAGAAAUAACAACAACAACAUCAACACCAACCUCAUGUCCACUACGAUCAUUUGUGUUUUGAAUAAACAAAGAAUAAACCAAAAACAAAUAGGUAGUUCUAAGUAUUUUUUUCUUCAUUAUUUUUAUUUUGUUGUUUAUCCUGCUGCCCCGCCACGGGCGCAGGUAUCGCUUUUGUUCACACUUCAUUUGAAAAUUAUUGACUGAUAAUAAAAACAAAAAAAUACGCCUCAAUUUUAAAGUGGGGUGGAUAACUGA